GUUUCGUUCAAUUAUUGAAUUGGUAUCACUGGUAUCACUGACGUCCAGAAAAAAAAAAUGUCUCAACAAUACGAUCUUCCGCCCAAUCAAAUAGAAAUUCUCCAAGAAAAAGCCAAGAGAAGACUUUUUCUUCGCAACGAAUAUUUGAAACUGAAAUCUGACCCUUUUGUCCAUGCUACUGGUGCAGGUGGUCAUGUGUUUGAUUCGGCACUUCAACGUUUCCAUUCGAUGAGCGUAACUGCCGUCGAACAUUUCAGACCUUCCGGCCUAAAUGCGUUCCUCGGUUUCAGUAUAAUGGUGAUUCCAAUGUUCACUUUUGGAUAUUACUUAAAUAAAACCAGAUCCGAUAGGGAACAGUCUUUUCGAAGGGGCGAGGUAGCUUACAAAGACAGACAAUAUAGAGUUCUGUGUUAAACAUAUUUGAAUGUACAUAUAUAAUUCAGAAGAGUAGAGUUUAUUGUAUUACAUUUUAUUUAUAUUAGUAAACUGUAUAUAACUUAAA